AUGGGGGCCAUCAUCAGCCAUGAGAGCCGGGGCGCCUCCUUCUCGGACCCUCACUUCACCCGCAACCACCCCAUGGACAAGAGCCCCAAGUCAAAGUCCAUGUCAGACCUCUCCCUGCUGCACAAGAGGAACCCGAAGGGUCCAGCCCGCGACUCCUUGGAGCUCGAUGUGGAGGAGAGAGAGGGAGGUAGAGGGAAGGCGGUACACAGGGAGCUGGCGGAGCUGGAAGAGGUCACGUCGGCUCAGGUGCAGUCGUUGCGGAGGGAGUUCGAGGAGGUGUCUGCACCCAACGCCUUCAUGAGCUUUGCGACCCUCAACAAGUUCCAGACCAGGAUGAUCCGAAGGAAGGGGGAGAGCUUCUACCGCAAGCUCGCAGGCAUCUCUCCCCUCCUCCGAUCCCCCAAACCCUCGGAGAAGGACAUCAGAGCCUUGGCAAGGAAGCUCUGCGUGCGAGUGUUCAAGCAUUAUCGACUCUGGGACGAGGACGAGGACGAGCCAGGAGGAGAUGCCGUUGUUACCUUCGAGCAGUACUUGGCUGUUGUGUACAAGAUGAAGAUCAAGGAAGAGAAGCACCCCUCCUGCGCCAGUCAGAGCAAGAGCGGGUCCAAGAGCAUCUUGAAAGCUGGCUGGAAGGAGGAGGCGAAGGGCGGGGAAGGCAAAGAUGUGCAGCUAAGGAGGGCUGUCGAGUUUCAGGAUCACCCUUCCGAGGAAGUCAUGGACGAGGAGUGGAAGUUGAAGAUGAUGACGUCAACGAGGCUACGUGAUGAAGGUCAGCGUUGCGGAGUGGCGGGAAGAUGGAAGAUGAUGAUGAAGAAUGGGGAGAGGGAGAAGAGAAAUGAGAAGGGAAUGGAGCAAGGGCACAGCGGGGACGAAGAAGAGGGGACGGGAAGGAGAGCGGAGGUGAAGGAUUUGGAUAGCAAAGCGGAGGAGGACCAAGGGGUUCACAGCAAACUGGAGCUUGUCUUCGAGCUGUCGGAGGAGGAGGUUCACUGCAAGCUUGAGGUGAUGAAGGACAUCAAGAUGUCCAUCGAGCGGGAGCUCGAGCGGCAGCAAAACGAGUCCAAGGAGGGGAAGCAAACUUUACACAUGAAAUGA